AUUGGUCCGCCCUGAUUGCUACAGGUGCAUCGCUUUGCAUUGAUUGGCUACACAGCAGUGAGUUCAGGGUACAUUUCCCCGCGUCGAAACCCGCACUUACUGUAGUUCUUCAGUUCCUCCUCCUCGUUGCAGCCCGGCUGGUCCAGCAGGCUUUUGACCCGCAGCAGGAUGACUUGUGAACCCCGCAGAGACACCAUGGAGCAGGAGCAGGCAGAAAACACGGAGGACACAGUUGUGAGGAGAGACGGUGUGCUUCGCUCCAUGCUGCGCGGCCUCUUCUGGCCAUUUGGCAUCGUGGUACGUGCAUACCACGGGGUUUGGUGGGUCAUGGGCUUCCGGCAGCCAAGGGAGAUGACCAUCGUUAGCCCCGCGGUUCCCAGUCCUGCACGCCAGAACCUCGCAGGCCGCAAGCGCCUGCGCCGGGUCACCCGCCUGCUUCUGUCCAUCCUGCCCCGCUGGGUGCAGGGCGCCCUGGGCUACCCCGUGUCAAGCAACAUUGGGCGCUCCCUCUCCCCAGAAAUCAGAGUCUCUCCCACUAAACCUUGCGGAAAGGGCAGCAAGAGAAAACAGGAUGAGUUGGAGGAUGAGGAGGAGGAAGAGGACCAUCAGACCUGGGUGGAGGCACUCACUCAGGAGCUCGCUGACGAAGGCCCAGAGGAGGAUCCUGACUACGAGCCCAGUUCUGUCGAGACGGAGAGUGAAGAGUACUGCUCACAAAAUAAUACGGAAAGUGAUAUUGAGGUCCAGGGGAAAGGUGUGGUCGUUAUAGAAGACGUAAAAACGGAUAUUGAGCCAUCUGCUCCAGCUCAAGUCGCUUGUCCUCCUGUUUAAUGUGUCAUAUUGACUGCUGGUUUCAGUGUUUGUUGUAUGUUUAUAUAUAACAAUAAAACUUUGUCCUUUUUUGCCUUGA